GCUCUCAGACUCUGACUCAUAGCAUCAAACUUCUUCCUCGUUUCUCAUUCUCUGUGAGCAUGUGUGUGUGGUGUAUGUGUGGUGUGUGUGUGGGGGAGGAGAUGGAUGAAGAACCUGGUCAGUAGAGGGUAUAUAAGGGUUUGUAGAUGGAGGUGGUGGUGAUGGCUGACGGUUCGAGGUGUGUAGUAAUCAGUUUAAUUGAGUGGUAAUGGAGCGACUCGGUCUAUCUCGGUGUGUGUUGAGCUGCGCACUGCUGCUCGUCUAUACUUCCUUCUUUAUAGGCCUUCAUGCAAGUCCAGUCCCUCGGGCUCCGUUCGUUCUGCACAACCUUUGUAAGUUCUGUGAUGUGAAGGCGAGUGAGUGUAACAGCACUGAGGCCCCCUGUAAGGUCGACUGCAACAUCACGUCCAUCUGUGAGCACAGCAGUGAGGUCUGCGCUAGUGCAUGGCGCAGAGACGGCGAGAACAUAACCGUGGAAACGGUGUGUCACGACCCACUGAAGCCAUUUCACGGCGUGAUGCUGAACGACUUCAGCAGCAGGAAGUGUGUGCUGAAGCAGUACAAACAGCUUGGGCCCAACUUCUACAUCUGCUCCUGCAGCCAAGAGGACGAGUGUAACGAAGAGCUCUUUUUCUCCACAGCAGAGACACCACGGACAACACCCCCAGUGAUGACCAUUGUCCUCGUGGUCCUCGUUCCUGUCGCCGUUCUUGCUGUCAUGCUCAUGUCGUUGAUUUAUUUCUGCCACAUUCACAUACACCAUUCCUCCAAACUGAAGCCUGAGUUCAGCGACACACAUUCCAUACUCACCACCAAACACGAACACGCUGACAGCGUCUCAAACUGGCUCAAUCACAACACGGAGCUUCUGCCCGUCCAUCUGGAUGAACUGGUGGGAAAAGGACGCUUCGCUGAAGUGCACCGCGCUCGACUCGGCCAAAAGACCAGUGAAAACGGGGUAUUUCAGACGGUCGCAGUUAAAAUCUUCCCAGUGGAGGAGUUCCUGUCCUGGAAGACGGAGCGUGAGAUCUUCCUCGACGCAGAGCUCUGUCACGACAACAUCGUCCACUUCCUGGCGGCGGAGAAACACACUGUGGAGCGACAGCUGUGGCUGAUCAUGGCCUAUCACAUUCAAGGAAACCUGCGAGACUACCUCCGAGCCCACCAACUGGACUGGGCGGAGCUCUGCAAGAUGGGUGGUGAUGUUGUAAGGGGUGUGGCUCACCUGCACAGUGAUCAGAAUGCAGUAGGUGGAGUCAAAGCACCAAUUGCUCACCGAGACUUGAAGAGUGACAACGUGCUGGUAAAAGACGACGGGAGCUGCUGCAUCUGUGACUUCGGCCUCAGCAUCCGACUCGACAGCAACAUGAGCACGGAGGAGCUCGCGAACAGAGGACAGGUGGGCACGGCGAGGUACAUGGCCCCCGAGCUGCUGGAGUCCAGACUGAACCUAGACAACAUCGAGUCCUUCAAACAGGCAGAUGUUUACUCCAUGGCUCUCGUGCUGUGGGAGAUCACGUCCAGGUGCACUGCCAUCGGAGAGGUGAGAGAAUAUGAGCCACCAUUCGGAAAGUUGAAUCAGCCAUGUAUCGAGAGCAUGAAGGACACUGUGAUCAGAGACCGAGAGCGACCAGAGAUACUGUCCAGCUGGAGGACACACCCGGGUGUGAAGAUGGUGUGCAAGAUGAUUGAAGAAUGUUGGGAUGAGGACCCCGAGGCUCGUCUGACAGCUCCAUGUGUAUCGGAGAGAUUCAAUAAGUUCAGCGAUCCAUUGUUCGAGGAUAAAACAACCAGCCUCCCUGAGACAGAGGCGGAGCUAUUACAUUUAAAGCUGUGAAAUGUGCUUAUGUCCGCAGAGUUGAAUUUUGAGUUUGUGCUUCAGACGAAAAUCAUCUGUAUAAAACCACAAGUAUUUUUUUUUAACUUUAAAGUUUAUGUACUGUGAAUAACAAGACAAUGUAAUAAUAAAGCACAUGAAGCUAAUCUGCUAAUCAUGACUCAAAAAUUGUUUUAGCAAUUUCUCUUUGAGGAUUAAUAAAGUUAUCUAUCUCUCUA